CCGCGGCGGCCGCUCCCUGUCAGGCAGCCGGUUCCCCCCGGCCGGGGCCGGACGGGCCGCCUUUCUGUUUCGGAGGCCGGCGCCCGGCAGCGCCCGCCCACCGAACCCGAGCACUGUCCACGUUCAGGGCUCCCGGCCGCGAACACCAUGGCGUUCCGGCCUGCGCGUCGCCUGCCGCCCAGACGCGGUGGCUCAGCCUGAGGCUCCUGAGGAAGCGGGGUCGCGGCCAGGUCCUCCGCUCCCAUCCGUCUCCCAACUCCCCCCACCCCCCACCCCCACCCCGCCCCUGGGGCUCGGUCGUCGGGCGCUCGACGCUCGACUGCGCGGCGGAUCGACGCCCUCGGCGCUCCGGCGGCGGAAGUGAGGGCGUUGGCGGCGGGGCGGCCGCGGCCAGGGAGCCCUUGGUCGAGCGCGGGGCCCUGUCCGUGCGGGCCUGCAGGUGACACUGCGGAGCACACGUACCUGUGACACCUGUAGAUGAGGCUGCAGAGCACACAGCUAGGUGCCCUGGUACACGGAGAACCUGGGGCCUCAGCUCCACGGGCGUCCUGACGGAGGCGGCUGUGUGUGGACGCAUGCUGUUAAAGAUUACUUCUGUAGCUUGACCUCUACUUUCCUCAACAAGCAGAAUGUCUCGAACACGACAACCCCCCCUUGUGACAGGCAUCUCUCCAAAUGAAGGAAUCCCGUGGACAAAGGUCACGAUUAGGGGAGAAAACCUGGGGACUGGGCCACCUGACCUCAUAGGUCUGACAAUUUGUGGGCAUAAUUGCCUUCUGACAGCAGAGUGGAUGUCUGCAAGUAAAAUUGUAUGUCGCGUGGGACAGGCCAAGAACGACAAAGGAGACAUUAUUGUCACAACCAAGUCAGGUGGCAAAGGAACCUCCACAGUCUCCUUCAAGCUGCUCAGACCUGAGAAAAUAGGUAUUUUGGAUCAGUCUGCUGUGUGGGUUGAUGAGAUGAAUUACUACGACAUGCGCACUGACAGGAAUAAAGGGAUUCCUCCCUUGUCCCUGCGUCCUGCUAAUCCACUCGGCAUCGAGAUUGAAAAAGGUAAAUUUCCCCAGAAGGACUUAGAAAUGCUGUUCCCUGGAAUGAGUGCUGAUUUUACAAGUGAGAACUUUUCGGCUGCCUGGUACCUCAUAGAGAACCACUCCAACACCAGUUUUGAACAGCUCAAAAUGGCCGUCACCCACCUGAAGAGACAGGCUAACAAGAAGAGUGAGGGCAGCCUGGCGUGCGUGAAAGGGGGACUCAGUACUUUCUUUGAGGCACAGGACGCCCUCUCAGCCAUCCAUCAAAAACUAGAAGCGGAUGGAACGGAAAAAGUAGAAGGAUCCAUGACGCAGAAACUGGAGAAUGUUCUGAACAGAGCAAGUAACACUGCGGACACAUUAUUUCAAGAAGUCUUGGGUCGUAAGGACAAGGCAGAUUCCACUAGAAAUGCACUCAAUGUGCUCCAGCGAUUUAAGUUUCUUUUCAACCUUCCUCUAAAUAUUGAAAGGAAUAUCCAAAAGGGUGAUUAUGAUGUGGUUAUUAAUGAUUAUGAAAAGGCCAAGUCACUUUUUGGGAAAACGGAGGUGCAAGUUUUCAAGAAAUAUUAUGCUGAAGUAGAAACACGGAUUGAAGCUUUAAGAGAAUUACUUCUGGAUAAGUUGCUUGAGACACCAUCGACCUUACAUGACCAAAAACGUUAUAUAAGGUACCUGUCUGACCUCCACGCGCCAGGCGACCCUGCGUGGCAGUGCAUCGGAGCCCAGCACCGAUGGAUCCUCCAGCUCAUGCACAGCUGCCAGGAGGGCUGCGUGCGGGACCUCAAAGGGCCACCAGGCCUUCACAGCGCCACACUGGACCUGGACGGCGACGUGCGUGCCUCCGUGCCGGGUCAUCUAGGCCAGACAGCGUCUCUGAAGAGGGGUAGCAGCUUUCAGCCUGGUCGAGAUGAUGCAUGGAGAUACCAAACUCCCCACCGGGUGGCAUUUGUUGAAAAAUUGACCAAGCUUGUUUUAAGUCAGCUGCCCAACUUCUGGAAACUCUGGAUUUCAUAUGUUAACGGAAGCCUUUUCAGUGAGACUGCUGAGAAGUCAGGCCACAUUGAAAGAUCAAAGAAUGUAAGGCAAAGACAAAAUGAUUUUAAGAAAAUGAUCCAGGAAGUAAUGCACUGUCUGGUGAAGCUGCUCCGCGGGGCCCUGCUCCCGCUCAGCGUCACGGAGGGCGGAGGGCGGCAGUGCAGAGGCUGGGAAGUGAAGGCCGAGCUCUCUGGGCAGGGGCUCGCUCACGCCAUCCAGACUCUGAGGCUUACUUAUGAAUCCUUGACUGCCCUUGAGAUUCCUAAUGACCUGUUACAGACGAUCCAGGACCUCAUCUUGGAUCUUCGAGUGCGUUGUGUGGUGGUCACACUGCAGCACACGGCGGAAGAAGUAAAGAGAUUGGCUGAAAAGGAAGACUGGGUUGUCGACAGUGAAGGCCUGACGUCCCUACCAUGCCACUUUGAGCGCUGCGUGGUGCACUCCCUGCAGUCGCUGCGAGAAGUCCUGGAGUGCAAGCCCGGAGAAGCCAGCGUCUUUCAACAACCGAAAACCCAGGAAGAGGUUUGCCAACUAAGCAUCAAUAUCAUGCAGGUUUUUAUAUACUGUCUGGAACAGUUGAGCACCAAGCCUGAUGCCGAUGUAGAUACUGCACAUCUCUCCGUUGACGUUUCUUCUCCUGAUUUGUUUGGAAGUAUCCAUGAAGACUUUAGUUUGACUUCUGAACAGAGACUUUUGAUAGUCCUGAGUAAUUGCUGCUACCUAGAACGUCACACCUUCCGAAAUAUCGCAGAACAUUUUGAAAAGCACAACUUCCAGGGAAUAGAAAAAAUAACACAGGUUAGCAUGGCCUCACUGAAAGAGUUGGACCAAAGACUCUUUGAAAACUACAUUGAAUUGAAGGCAGACCCCAUCGUUGGCUCCUUAGAACCUGGAAUUUACGCAGGCUACUUCGACUGGAAGGACUGCCUGCCCCCGACAGGUGUCAGAAACUACUUAAAAGAAGCAUUGGUGAAUAUAAUUGCUGUGCAUGCAGAGGUGUUCACUAUUUCCAAAGACCUGGUGCCUCGGGUGCUGUCCAGGGUGGUGGAAGCAGUUUCUGAAGAGCUGAGUAGGCUGAUGCAGUGUGUCUCAUCCUUCAGCAAAAACGGAGCAUUGCAGGCAAGGCUUGAUAUCUGCACCCUGAGGGACACCGUGGCUGCUCACCUGACGCCAGAGAGCAGAUCCAGUUUCAAGCAGGCCCUGGAAGCCCUGCCGCAGCUCUCGAGCGGAGCGGACAGAAAGCUGCUGGAGUUGCUGCUGAGCCGGGUCAGGAGCGGCGUGCACCUGCAGCUCGCCUGCUUCCAGGCCGCCCCUCCGCCUGCCGUGAAGACGCAGGUGCCUUCCAGAUGACGUGCUCCCCUGAGCGCCCACAGCUGCAUGCUGCAUGGUGAAGGCUGUGGAAGACGGGGCGGCUCACGCCUACACCGAAGCACCUUCCGGGGCCUCCUGCAGCUUCCAGGGCACCUGGGGCGGCAACGAGAGAUUCAUCAGGAUGUUACAUGCGAGCAUCUGGAGCUUCAGCUGUCCUAAACUGUGCAGCUGUGCUUAAAACCUUUAUUUCGUACAGAUGGCUCCCGAUUCAAGUAGACUUUUAGAAAAAUGUGUGGUCUGAAUAAAAAGGUAUGAUAUUUGG